UGCCUCUACAGAAUAACUGCCCAGCAUCCUCUGCCCAACCAAUCAGAAUGUAGGAAAAUCUACAGAUAUGACGGAAUCUACUGUGAAUCUACCUACCAGAAUUUACAAGCAUUGAGAAAGGAGAAAUCCCGAGAUGCUGCUCGCUCCCGCCGGGGAAAAGAAAAUUUUGAGUUCUAUGAAUUGGCCAAGUUGUUGCCUCUUCCUGCAGCCAUCACUAGCCAGCUUGACAAGGCAUCCAUCAUUCGACUUACAAUUAGCUAUCUGAAAAUGAGGGACUUUGCUAACCAGGGGGACCCUCCAUGGAACUUGCGAAUGGAAGGCCCUCCGCCGAACACAUCAGUCAAAGUUAUAGGUGCACAACGAAGGAGAAGCCCCAGUGCACUAGCCAUUGAAGUAUUUGAAGCACAUUUGGGAAGUCACAUUUUGCAGUCCCUGGAUGGCUUUGUAUUUGCACUAAAUCAAGAAGGAAAAUUUUUGUACAUUUCCGAAACAGUCUCCAUCUACCUAGGCCUCUCGCAAGUGGAGCUGACAGGCAGCAGUGUCUUUGACUAUGUCCACCCUGGGGACCACGUGGAGAUGGCAGAGCAGCUGGGCAUGAAGCUCCCACCAGGGCGGGGUCUCCUCUCCCAGGGCACCGCCGAGGACGGAGCCAGCUCAGCAUCUUCCUCCUCUCAGUCAGAGACCCCAGAGCCAGUGGAGUCGACCAGCCCCAGUCUGCUAACCACUGACAACACCCUUGAGCGUUCCUUUUUCAUCCGAAUGAAAUCUACUCUGACCAAACGUGGUGUGCACAUCAAAUCAUCGGGAUAUAAGGUGAUUCACAUAACAGGCCGGCUACGCCUAAGAGUGUCGCUGUCCCAUGGGAGGACUGUCCCCAGCCAAAUCAUGGGUCUUGUGGUUGUUGCUCAUGCCUUGCCUCCCCCUACGAUCAAUGAAGUCAGAAUCGACUGCCAUAUGUUCGUCACUCGAGUAAAUAUGGACCUCAAUAUCAUUUACUGUGAAAAUAGGAUUAGUGACUAUAUGGAUCUGACCCCGGUAGACAUUGUAGGAAAGAGGUGCUACCACUUCAUCCACGCUGAAGACGUGGAGGGCAUCAGGCACAGUCACCUGGACUUGCUGAAUAAAGGUCAGUGUGUGACGAAGUACUAUCGCUGGAUGCAGAAGAAUGGAGGAUAUAUUUGGAUACAGUCUAGCGCCACCAUAGCCAUUAAUGCCAAGAAUGCAAAUGAAAAGAAUAUCAUCUGGGUGAAUUAUCUUCUUAGUAAUCCCGAGUACAAGGACACGCCAAUGGACAUCGCUCAACUGCCCCAUCUGCCGGAGAAAACAUCCGAAUCCUCGGAGACAUCUGACUCUGAGUCAGACUCUAAAGACACCUCAGGUAUUACAGAGGACAAUGACAACUCUAAGUCUGACGAGAAAGGGAAUCAGUCCGAGAACAGUGAAGACCCAGAACCGGACCGGAAGAAGUCAGGCAAUGCGUGCGACAACGACAUGAACUGCAACGACGAUGGCCACAGCUCCAGCAACCCAGACAGCCGCGACAGCGACGACAGCUUCGAACACUCGGACUUUGAGAACCCCAAGGCAGGUGAGGACGGCUUCGGCGCGCUGGGCCCGAUGCAGAUCAAGGUGGAGCGCUACGUGGAGAGCGAGUCGGACCUGCGGCUGCAGAACUGCGAGUCGCUCACGUCCGACAGCGCCUCGGACAGCGCGGGGGAGGCGGGCGCGCAGGCCUCCAGCAAGCACCAGAAGCGCAAGAAGCGGCGGAAACGACAGAAGGGCGGCAGCGCCAGCCGUCGGCGCCUGUCCAGCGCGUCUAGCCCCGGCGGCCUGGACGCGGGCCUGGUGGAGCCCCCGCGGCUGCUGUCCUCCCCCAACAGUGCCUCGGUGCUCAAGAUCAAGACGGAGAUCUCGGAACCCAUCAACUUCGACAACGACAGCAGCAUCUGGAACUACCCGCCCAACCGGGAGAUCUCCAGGAAUGAGUCUCCCUACAGUAUGACCAAGCCCCCCAGCUCCGAGCACUUUCCGUCCCCGCAGGGCGGCGGGGGUGGUGGUGGCCUGCACGUGGCCAUCCCUGACUCGGUCCUCACCCCGCCCGGCACCGACGGUGCGGCCACCCGCAAGACUCAGUUCAGCGCCUCGGCCACAGCAGCCUUGGCCCCUGUCGCCUCCGACCCGCUGUCGCCCCCACUUUCUGCGUCCCCACGGGACAAGCACCCCGGGGGUGGCGGCGGAGGCAGCGGGGGCAGCGCGGGCCCCAGCGCGUCCAACUCCUUGCUAUACACUGGGGACCUGGAGGCGCUGCAGAGGUUGCAGGCAGGCAACGUCGUGCUCCCGCUGGUGCACCGGGUGACCGGGACCCUGGCCGCCACCAGCACGGCCGCGCAAAGGGUCUACACCACGGGCACCAUCCGCUACGCACCAGCCGAGGUGACCCUGGCCAUGCAGGGCAACCUGCUGCCCAACGCGCACGCUGUUAACUUCGUGGACGUUAACAGCCCCGGCUUCGGCCUCGACCCCAAGACGCCCAUGGAGAUGCUCUACCACCACGUGCACCGGCUCAACAUGUCGGGACCCUUCGGCGGCGCGGUGAGCGCGGCCAGCCUGACGCAGAUGCCCGCCGGCAACGUGUUCACCACCGCCGAGGGACUCUUCUCCACGCUGCCCUUCCCCGUCUACAGCAACGGCAUCCACGCGGCACAGACUCUGGAGCGCAAGGAGGACUGAGGCGCUGCCCAGUGUGGGCAGGGGUCCGCUCGGAGGCAUCGUUGGCGUUUUCGUUUAGACCUUUAAUUCUAGCACUUUGAAUUCGAGCAGGUCAGCAUCUUCUCUCAACACGACGGUCCCCACCCCAUCCCCUCUUUCUUUAACUUGGCUUAUUCUUUCUUGUAAAGAUAUGUUUAUUUUUUGCCUUCAGAGGGUCAGAUGACCAGUUGCCUGCCAUUUUGUCUUCUUCUAAGAUGUGUGUUGGGUUCUUUUGCUUUCCUUUGCAUCUUUAUUAAGAUGUCUUUAAUGUGUAUAGGCCUCUGCCAUAGAAUACUCAGUCUUGUGGUCAAGAGAUUUCUCAAGUGACAACCGUUGGGUUUUCUUCAUAAAGAUCUUGAUAUGAUCAAGAUGGAAAAAGACAAGCAUAAACAAUGUGCCCUGUUUGACUAAGUCAAAUGAA